AUGGAUACGAAAGACAUACUUCUCACUUUGGAAUCAAUAAAAAAGGCGUGUGGCGCUUUAUGCCGCCAAGAGCAUAGAAGGACUCUCCUAUCCAAGGACACUAGACUUUUUUUGGAAUCGGUUUUUGAGAAAAAGAGAUCUCCUAAUUCAAGAGAACGUAAGGCAAUUGAAGAGAAAUGUGGGAUGACAGGAGCCCAGGUGAGAGUGUGGUUUGGUAAUAGACGCGCUAGAGCUGUGAUUGAUAAGCCACAUUCAAUUCUAUCACUUUCUCCACCACCUCCUCCGGAUCGCCCUUCAUGUUUUUCAGAGCCAACAAAAAAUCGUUACUCCCCGAAGCUCUGA